UAAUGGAUAUCAAUGCUAAAAUAAACAACUACAAUAAUCAAGAAUCAAAUGCACACAACUCAUAGUUAGGACCUGCAGCAACCAACUAACUGCAGCUUCUAAGGACAGCCUUCGAAAAUGGCCGCUCUAUCCCAUACCUCUGCAACCCCAUUUGCCAUUUCAAAACCAACCGACAUCUGCAUCCAAGGUAAGGAGAAAUGGCUUGGGGGUUUUGCAUUGAACACAAAGUCCAGUCCUUCAAAGUUUUCAAAUGGACUUAGAGCAAGAGCAAAAGCCUCUUUGAAUGCUGAUCAGAAAGCAAUUCAAAUUCCUCGUCAGUGGUACAAUCUUGUUUCAGAUCUUCCUGUAAAACCUCCUCCCCCACUGAAUCCUAAAACUCAUGAACCAGUCAAACCAGAGGAUUUAGCGCCUCUCUUUCCUGAUGAAUUGAUCAAGCAGGAAGCAAGCAAUGAAAAAUUUAUAGAUAUCCCAGAAGAAGUUCUUGACAUUUACGAGCUUUGGCGCCCAACGCCCUUGAUUAGGGCCAAGAGAUUGGAGAAACUUCUUGACACACCAGCAAAAAUCUACUAUAAAUAUGAAGGUGUGAGCCCAGCUGGAUCACACAAACCCAACACUGCAGUCCCACAGGUGUUCUACAAUGCACAACAAGGCAUCAAGAAUGUUGUGACAGAAACUGGUGCUGGCCAAUGGGGAAGUUCACUGGCCUUUGCUUGCAGCUUAUUUGGUCUUGGGUGUGAGGUGUGGCAAGUUCGUGCUUCUUAUGAUCAGAAACCAUAUCGUAGAUUGAUGAUGGAGACUUGGGGUGCAAAAGUAUACCCAUCUCCAUCAAGCAUUACUGAGGCGGGUAGAAAAAUCUUUCAGAAGGAUCCUUCAAGCCCAGGAAGCUUAGGAAUAGCUAUUUCAGAAGCUGUGGAGGUUGCAGCUAAAAAUGCUGAUACAAAGUAUUGCUUGGGGAGUGUGCUUAAUCAUGUUUUGUUACACCAGACUGUUAUAGGUGAGGAAUGCAUAAAGCAAAUGGAAGCUGUAGGUGAGACUCCUGAUGUGAUCAUAGGGUGUACUGGUGGUGGGUCCAACUUUGCAGGACUCAGUUUCCCAUUCAUUAGAGAGAAGCUAAAUGGAAAUUUAAACCCUGUCAUAAGAGCAGUUGAACCUGCGGCAUGUCCUUCACUAACAAAGGGUGUUUAUGCAUAUGAUUAUGGCGAUACAGCAGGGUUGACUCCAUUAAUGAAGAUGCAUACACUUGGGCAUGACUUCAUUCCUGACCCUAUUCAUGCUGGAGGACUGCGUUACCAUGGUAUGGCCCCAUUGAUUUCACAUGUCUACGAACUGGGUUUCAUGGAAGCAAUAUCAAUUCCUCAGACUGAGUGCUUUCAAGGUGCCAUUCAGUUUGCUAGGUCAGAAGGACUAAUACCUGCACCAGAACCAGCUCAUGCAAUUGCCGCCACCAUCAGAGAGGCUCUCCAUUGUAGAGAGACUGGAGAAGCAAAAGUGAUUUUAAUGGCAAUGUGUGGACAUGGCCAUUUUGAUCUGACGUCUUACAAGAAGUAUUUACAAGGAAACAUGGUUGAUUUGUCAUUUGAAGAAGAGAAAAUAAAAGCAUCAUUGGCCAACGUUCCUCAAGUCAUGGCAUAAGAGGCGCAACAAACAUGAAAGAUACCAGGCAAUUUAACUUCAAACUGAAUUAAAAGAGUAACUUGAUAUCAAGAAAUGCAGUUUUUCCAUUCUUUAUUACUCAAUUUUGCAGAUCUCCUGAAUAAGCUUCUUGAACAUGUCCACAUUUGUUUGUACAAGUUUUUUGGGUCAUGUUCAAGAAGUCUGAUUCUACUCUACUUCUGGUAGGAAAACAUAAUUUUGAGAGAAUGAAACAGAAAGCCUGGAGAUAAUUUGUCAUAAAAAAAGGUGAGGGUCCAAGUGUCUAAGCUUGUGGUGCUAGGCAAUAUAGAUGAGUUUCUUCUACUUCCCUUUCUAGGUAUUAAGUAGAAUGUUACCAUAUUCCGCAAAAUUGAAAGCCCAGAGUGUCUCCUUAUGAACUUAUGUAACAAAUAUUUUUCUAUUAGUUUUGCUGGCUGUUGCUAUUUCUACAUUGGCAAGUUCUAUAGACCUUAAAUUACAACAAAUAUACUUGAUAAUUGUUCU